AUGGAGGAGACGAGAGCAGUAGGAGAGGACAUGUUUGAGUCCUUGGAGGAGUUCCACAUAGUCCUCAAUGAGCUGGUUGGAGACAAGAGUAUGGACAAGGUCCGGGUGGAGUAUGAGAAGCUAAUCCAUGCACUGAAGAAGUCCCGAGAGAAUGAGAAGAGGCUGAUGUCCAAGUGCAGGGAGCUGAAUGCAGAAGUUGUGUCAACUUCAACUAAAGCAGCAGCUGCUCUCAAACUGUCCCAAGAAGAUGAGACAACAAUUUCUUCACUAAAGAGGGAGUUGGAUAAAGCCUGGAAAAUGGUUGAUGCUGCUCAUGAUAAAGAGAGGAGGGACAAAGAGAACAUCAAGAAUUUAAAAGAAGAAGUUGCCAACCUAAUGAAAAUCGCUGAACAACAAACUGGCUUCCCUAUGGACAAAGAGCAGAGUGAUCUCCUAAAGAUAAAUGAGGAGUUGACUAAGGAGAGGGAUAACCUGUUGACAACCGUGGAGGGUCUGAGAGAAAAACUAAACAAGGCCACCACAGCCAAGCAGGAGAUCGAGGCCCAACAAGAUCGAGCCUCAGAGAAUAUCUCUCAGCUCCAGCAGGAGCUCCAGGUACAACAGAAUGAGAUGUCACGGGAGAUGAGGUUGAAGGAAAAGCUGGAUAAGGAGGUGAAGCAGCUGCAUGUCGAUAUGGAGGCCAAGAUGGGGGAACUUAAAGCUCUGAAUCUGCAGGGCCAAAGAGCCAAAGAGGAGCAGCAGAGACUGGAGCAGCAACUGAAAGAGAUAAAGAUCUUGAAUGACCGAUCCACCAAAGAGCUGGAGCAGAUGCAAGUGAAGAACAACAAGCUGCUGCAGGAGAGUGAGCAGCUCUCAUCAGUCAAAGAACAUCUCUCCUUGGAAAAUCUGCAGAACACCAAUGAGCUCAAGAUAAGAGAAGAGGAGCUGAAUCAGAUGCGUCAGGAGAUUGCCAAACAAACAAAGACGAGAGAAACCAUCCAAAAGAAGUUUCACCAGAUGGAGGAUCAAAAAGCUGACGUGGCUGUGCAGAGGGAGACACUGAAAGCUCAGAUUGCAGGUCUGGAGAAAGAUCUUGAAUCUUCCCAGAAGCAAGUUGAAACUGACAGGAAAGCCAUAGAUGAGUUUAUUCGAGAGAGAGACAUCUUAAAUAAGAACAUGAUCAAAGCGGCACUGUCAACUGAGAAACAGCAGAACCUCGUAAAGCUCCUGGAGCAGGACAAGAAGACAUUGAAACAUGAGAUCAGUGGCUACCGCCAAGAGGCCCGGAAGCAGCGCAAGAUCAUCCAACAGCUGGAGAAAGAACGGGACUGCUACAUCAACGAGACCAGCAACCUAAUGCAAAAGGUGCAGCAAAAAGUGAAUGACGUUGAAGUAAGAGAGAUGGAGAUAUUUGAUUGGAGGAAGAAGGUCACUGAGGCAGAGUGCAAACUCAAACAGCAAGAGAACCUGCUGGAGUCCGUUGUGUCUGAAAGGAACCUCUAUAGCAGAAACCUCAUCGAGGCUCAGGUACAAAUGCACGGCUGAUCUCAGGAGGUAGAGCAGCUUGUCCACUCAUCCCAGGAUUUCUCUCGGCCCUUGAUUCUGUCUAUUGAUGCCUCUCUGGAAAGGCUAGGGGCCGUGCUGUCACAGAUACCAGUUGGCAAAGAGAAGCGCGUCCCAUUGCGUUUUCCACACUCGGUGUCCAAGCUUGCCCCUUAUACAUUCAACCUGAAACACAUACCUGGCGCCAAGAACAUAUUGGCUGAUGCUCUCAGCAGAGAUCCCUUUGCAAAGUCAGUAAGUCACAGGCUGAUCACAGAGCAAUACAGUCACCUGAUUGCUGAAGCUGAGAAUGUUAGUCAUGAUGGUAUUCAAGACACAUUCCGACUCAAGGUCCAAGUUCAACGGGUAGAGGAGUCGACAGGUGGUCGUGUAAUUUCUCAAUCCAACCCCUUCAUGUGUCAAAGUGAUUCUGUGGGUAUCAAGGCUCUUUUGGAUGUACAUGCUCAGUGGGAGAUGGCUACUGAGACAAGGGCUGUGGAGCUGGUUCAGACUGUCCAGGAUCUGUUGCUACCAGGGCAAGACUCACUUCCUGUGUUCUCAUUAGAGGAACUCAAGUACAGCCAGGAACUCGAUCCUGUUAUCUCCAAAAUCUUGCCGUUUGUGUUUCGCAACCGCCGUCCUUCUAGACGUGAACGAACAGGACUUGAUGCCAAUGCUAUGGUGCUCAUCAAACAAUUAGAGAGACUCAAGGUUCAGAAUGGUGUCCUUUAUCGGGUUACAAAGAAUCAUUUCAGUAAACAGAAGAGGCAUCAGUAUGUUCUGCCUGAAAGUCUUAAAGGAAAAGCUUUACAUGGCAUCCAUGACGUGGCUGGACAGCAGGGACAGGCAAGGACCUUGCAUCUAGCCAGACAACGGUUCUUUUGGCCGAAAAUGGAGUUUGAUGUGAAAUAUUAUGUCAAGUGCUGUCAAAGGUGCAUUCUGGCUAAGACACCAGACCCCUCUGCUCGAGCCUCACUUGAGAGUAUCAGGACGUCAGUCCCCAUGGAGUUAGUAUGUAUAGACUUCUGGAGUGCAGAGGAUACAAGGAUUGCCCAAGAACACAGCAUCAAAGAACAUGACAAACAAGCAAAUGGUUACAACAGAAAAGUCACUCACCUGAACAUAGGAGACAGAGUGCUCAUUGCAAACAAAGGUGAAAGAGGAAAGAAGAAACUGGCCGACAAAUGGAAUGCAACUGUGUACACAGUUAAAGAUAGAAACCUGCAGACUCACAUGUACAAGCUUGAGGACAAUAAUGGAAAUACUAAGAUAGUACAUCGUAACCUGGUCCUGGACAUUAGCUUUUUACCUGUGGUAACAACUGGAGAUGACUUUUGUGACUCAGAAGCAGAGGUGGGGUCGUGUACGACUGACCUCCUAGACUGUUUGGAGGAGGAGGAUUCAACAGACAGAACCAGCACAUGGAUAAUGAGUGGAUCAGGGGAGACCCAGGGUCAAGUGAUUAUGAGUGAAGGAUUGUCUGAGGUUGAUCAGUGA